AUGCCGGCACCAACCAUUCCUGCUGGGUCGAAUCGUGCCGAAGAAGAUAUGGACCCAUGGCAGGAGCCGGUCAAGAGCAUAGAGCUGGAGCUCCCGGAUGAUCGGCUUUCCGUGAUGGAGCACGAGUUCGCUUUGCUGCGGAAGCAGCUGCAGUCGGAGCUGCAGCAGGUCACGGCCCGAUUGCGGGUCGUGGAGGCACAGCUAACUGCCGGGAGCCACACCGUCAAGGCUGCGCCCACUGAUGAGACGAAAGUCGUCCACGACUACAGUCUCCCUCUUGACACUGCGACCCUGACCCUGGAGGUGAAUGAUGCAAACCAGGCCGACACAGAGGAUGCUAGCGGCCAGAGGUCGAGUCGGAGUAGGACGGUUCAGGAGUUCACUGAGGUGUCGUUCGAGGAGAGUGCCUGGAGUAUUCCCCUCCUCGCUGGAUUGAUCGAUGUCGGCAUUUUCGACACGAUGUUUGCAAGUGCCUUGGUUUUUCUGAACCUCGGGAUGCAGUCGGCGUUUUCCAUCAUUCUGCUGACCCCUGCCUUCAUGGGCGAUGAGUUUGAGAGCAAGAUCCAGAGCGCCCAGUUGUGGCGGACGAGCGUGGCUCAUGAUGAGAGGUACAUGGACUUAGCUGGUACCAGCCUGGUUACUCGAGUUUGCAACGGCGAUGGGUCAGUGAUUCUAUCGACCGUGCAAGCCACUCUGGUUGAGCAUGUCAACAGCUUCCUUGGCAUGGAAAAGGACGAGUUUACUCUUCCGGCUUUCCGGCCGGGAAUUCUUCUCUGCAUGCUCUGCAUUGUGCUUUGGACGCUGUGCAUUCUCAAGGAGUUCCGACGAAUUUGGGUGCAGCUGGAAGCAGCCGCUGGAAUUCCAAAGGCACUUGCGACCUCUUUCGGCGAGAACACCUUCGAAGCUAUGUCGUGGGGUCGCUUCUGCCUGCUUUUGUUGACCUAUGCCUGCCGAACUGUCAUUGCUACCGUCCUGCUUGUGGCUGGAAUCUUGUGGCUGGCAAGGACAACUUCCAUUUCGGAGCUCAUGUUGAACGCCGUGGCGUUGAAUGCAAUUCUGGAUGUCGAUGAGUUUCUCUUUGUGGGCAUGACGCCAAUUAAAAUCCAGCAUGCCAUCCAGAGCCUGGAGCCCAUGAAGGUGAAAUACAGCCGACGGCGGAGCGAGUGCGAAUCCAUGGUUCAUUUCCUGGGCCUCGUGAUUUUGGUCUCUUCAACGUAUUUCUUCCAGCUGGCGCCCCUUACCGAAGCUAUGCUCGACCUGAAGAAUGAGCUGUGCGGUGGCAAUCAAAGUUUCGUGGUUGGUUUCAACCCCGAAACUCAGCUCACUCACGGCCUGGUCACGCCGACUGCGUUGGAAAUUGGCAGAAAUCUGACACUCAGCGAGUUGGGAGUCCAAGCUCACAAGGCCACCUCGCCGGAGACGACACCCGGACAAAUUCCAACCUAUCUUAUCUUCUCUACAGACAAGAGUUCUUUCAGUAAUGACAAUGCCCGAAGUAUCGAACAAGAGAGUGGAAUGAUCCCCUUUUGCACUGAGACCUCGAUCCUGAAGCCAGAUGGUCUGUAUCAUAGCGAUUUUGCGCUACAGGAGUUCACGAUGGUUCUAAUCAGGAAUGCUGCAGCCAGUGUUGGACUCCAUGAUGCGCGAAGUUGCGAGGAGAUGCGCGGCAUGUGUAGCGGCGUGGAGAGCCGCCUGUUGCGAAUGGUAUGCGGCGAAACGUGCGGAUGCACAGAUCCUUACAGCAGCGCUUGGUACAAGGUCGCGGCACAAGGAUGUCAGCCACCAUGUUUACAGCUUGCACAGGCGAGUUUGAGCGGAGGCUCGUGCGAAGAUUCAGCCAAUGACGAAGACUGGAAAGCUUUCUGGAGAAUCUAUCCAGACGCAGUAUCGCACUACUUCAGUGCAGAUGUUACGCAAACUCUUCUUUGGCCUUUUGCCAACCAAACAAUCAGUGCAAUGCUGCAAGACGGAUGUGCAGCGCUGCUGCAGUUUCCGACCGAUGUAAUGACCACUGCCGAAUGGUGCUCCGGGAUGCCGCAGCUCUUUCGACCUUUGUCUGCCGUCUGUCCUCAAAGUUGUGGCUGUGGGCAACGAGCCGAUCUCACGCACUGCCCCGCCAGCUGCGCCUCUGGCAACUCCUCGAAUUGA